CCGACCCUCCCCGCUACGCCCGGAUCAAGAACUGGCAGACGGGCACAAUUCUGUACGACACGCUCAGCGCCCAAGCCAGGCAGGAGGUGCCAUGCAGUUCCAGACGCUGCCUGGGCUCUGCCAUGCUCCCGAAACAGAUGCUGUCCGGGCCAGACGGUGCCCGCUCGGAGGAAGAGCUGCUGCCCAUGGCCCGGGAUUUCAUCACCCUCUACUACAGCUCCAUGAAGCGGGCCGAGUCCCAGGCCCACCACCAACGUCUCCAGGAGGUGGAGCAACAGAUCGCCACCACCGGCACUUACCAGCUGCUGGAGGCCGAGCUGGUCUUCGGUGCCAAGCACGCCUGGCGCAAUGCCGCACGCUGUCUGGGCCGCAUCCAGUGGAACAAGCUGCAGGUCUUUGACGCUCGGGACAUCACCAGUGCCCAGGAGAUGUACACCUUCCUCUGCACCCACAUCAACUACGCCACUAACCGCGGGAACCUCCGGUCGGCCAUCACCAUCUUUCCCCCGCGGGUGGCAGGACGUGGGGACUUCCGCAUCUGGAACCAGCAGCUCAUCCGUUAUGCCGGGUACAAUCAGCCCGACGGCUCCGUCCUGGGAGAUCCGGCCAACGUGGAGCUCACCGAGGCUGACCCCUGGAAGUCCUACAUCCCCAAAGGGACCACCAUCACCCGGAAGAAGACCUUCAAAGAGAUCGCCAAUGCCGUCAAGAUCUCCGCCAAGCUGAUGGGUCAUGUGAUGGCCCAACGGGUCAAAGCCACCAUCCUCUAUGCCUCAGAGACGGGCAAGUCCAAGGCCUACGCCUUCAACCUGAAGGAGCUCUUCCAGUCAGCUUUCGCCCCCAAGGUGAUGUGCCUCGAUGAAUACGACGUGGUGUCCUUGGAGCACGAGACCCUCGUUCUGGUGGUCACAAGCACUUUUGGCAAUGGGGACCCACCUGAAAAUGGAGAGAGUUUCUCCAAGGCCUUGAUGGAGAUGUCUUGUCCUUAUCUUGGAGCUGUUGAGCCGGAGUUUCAGAAGAGCUACAAGAUGCGAUUCAACAGCAUCUCCCAGUCUGAUCCUUCGGUGGUUUUUUGGAAGAGGAAACGCCGGGAGUCCAGCAACACCGACUGUGCCGGGGCCCUGGGGACCCUCAGGUUCUCCGUCUUCGGGCUGGGAUCUCGCGCAUACCCCCAUUUUUGUGCCUUCGCCCAUGCAGUGGACACCCGGCUGGAGGAGCUGGGUGGUGAGCGGAUCCUGCCUCUGGGCGAAGGGGACGAACUCUGCGGCCAGGAGGAAUCCUUUCGCACCUGGGCCUCCAGCGUCUUCAAGUCCCUAAACAGACUGUCGUAUGUCGAGGAGUGCUGGCGUGAGUUGGAGUCUGGCUUAGGGACCCGUGUCAAACGCUUCACUCCACCGCCCUCUCUCUCUCUCUCCGUCGUAGGCGUGAAACGGAUGUGGGUGCCCAGCCACCGCCUGCCCCCUUGCACGCUGCGCCAGGCGCUCACUUACUUCCUGGACAUCACCACGGCGCCCAGCCCACAGCUGCUCCAGCUGCUGGCCACCCUGGCCGAAGACCGAGUUGAGCGGGAGAAGCUACAACGGCUCAGCCAGGACUCUCUUCUCUAUGAGGAAUGGAAGUGGUUCCGGUGCCCGACGGUUGUGGAGCUGUUGGAGGAGUUCCCCUCAGUGGCGCUGCCCACCUCGCUGCUGCUCACCCAGCUGCCCCUGCUGCAGGCCCGCCAGUACUCUGUCAGCUCCGCGCCUGACGCCCACGCGGGAGAGCUGCACCUCACGGUAGCCGUGCUCAACUACCGCAGUCAGGGUGAAAAGGCUCAAUUAUAAUUAGGGCUACUGGAAGAGACCCCACAAGUAAUUUGCUUCCUCUCUUGGCCCUAAAGCACCCCAAAUUUCCAGCUACCGGAGGACCCCACGGCUCCCUGCAUCCUGGUGGGGCCCGGCACUGGUAUCGCCCCAUUCCGGGGUUUCUGGCAGCAACGGCAACACCAGAUGGAGACAACAGGCCUGUCCACCAGCGAGAUGACCCUGGUCUUUGGCUGCCGUAGCUCCCAGCACGACCACAUCUACUGCGAGGAGAUCCGAGAAGCGCAGGAAAGGGGGGCUUUACAUCGUGUCCUCACAGGCUUUUCGCGGGACCCCGAUUACCCCAAGACCUACGUACAGGACCUGCUGCGGCUGCACCUGGCAGACCACGUCUUCGAAGUCCUGAGCCAGCGCGAGGGCCAUGUCUACGUUUGUGGGGAUGUCACCAUGGCCACGGGGGUCCUGCAGACCAUCCAGCAGAUCCUGGCGCAGGAAGGGAGGAUGUCGCUGGUCGAGGCGGGCGACGCCAUCAGUGAACUCCGGGACCAAAACCGCUACCACGAGGACAUCUUCGGCCUGACCUUCCGCACACAGGAAGUGGCGUCGCGCAUCCGAAGUCUCUCCUUCUCCAAGCAGGGCCGGAAAAGCUGCCUCGUGACAGAGCCCUGA